AUGUUAAUUUUAAUUGAUAUAUUCAAUCUUGCUGAACAAUUAGGCGUUUAUUUUAUUGCUAAGCAGAAUGAUCUUGAUGAAAAUGAACAACAACGUUUCUUUUUUAUAUUGUUUGGUGUCGGUGGAGCUUCAGUAUUUAAACCACUUCUUGUUCAUCCAAUAUUGAUAGUUUUAUUCAGUAUAUCAAUUGAAGUUGGUGAAUUAGUAUCAUAUUUAACAUUAUUAUCAAAUACAACUAGUUUACUUGUUGUAGUGAUUUUAUUUUUUUCUUUUGAAGUUAUUUUUCAUUUAAUUAAUCUAAUCGGUAUUUGUGGUGAUGACCAUAAUCAUGAUCAUUGUCAAAAUUUUGCGAUAAGCUGUUGUACAUUACCAGUACGUGUAUUUCUAUAUGGUUUAUUAUUUGAAACACAAAUAUUAUUCUUAUUUCUUGAUGCUCAAUCAUCAUUUCGUGAUACUUUCUAUGAAGUUUUAAUUAUAUUCAAUACAUUUUUUGGUUUAUCUGCAAUAGAUAAAGUUGCUAGAUAUUGUUGUCCUGUUGGUCAAAAAGAAGAUGAAGGCGAGAAUAUUUUACAUACAGUAUGGGAAACAUCUUUAUCAUUACUCAGCAUAAUUGAAGGCCCUAUUCUAUUAAUAACUGCAGUUAUAUAUGCAAGUCAAUCACUUCAAAAUAAGGACCAAUUAAAAACAUAUGAUGUUGUUAUUUAUAUUAUUAUAUUGAUCUCAUAUGGAUCGGCUCUUCUUGCGUUGGCACUAUCAAUUUUAUGUAGUCUAUGUUUAUGUGCAGGUACAUUUCUAAAAGUUUUAAUCGACUGUUUUUCUCAUUGA